AAAACCCCUCAAUAUCAAAUCCCGCGGCUCUCCCAUAUCUUCGAUUUUCCUCAGUGCUGAUAUGAAGCUAUCGCCAACAGCACUCUCCCCCACUGACAGCAGCGAACAUUCCCGUCGAUGGAGCCCCGCGGCUUGCUACCCGACUCCCGUCCCGCGAACCCGAGUGUCCGUCCUGCUGCUCAUAAUGGGAACCUCUCCUCCAACGAGGCAGGGGAGGCCAUGCUAAUCUGCCAACGUUGGUGUCGCCCAAUGAAGACCCACGCCGAGCUACAUCCGUAUCUUCAGACCUCAGCUUCUACUGCAAUGUCUCAACCCGCCGCUCGCGGGCUAAUUCUUCUGAUUGCUUCGAAAUGGCCAGGGCAGCUUGUGGGUUCCUCAAAGCUUGAGGGGGGUUGA